UCAGAUGGUGCUGGGGGUGGGUUUCGUGAGGACUGCGCGACGGGUUCUUGAGGCGGCGUCUCCGGGGGGGAUUCACCUCCUACAAUCGUCUCUAAAAUGGGAACAAACGACUUCCUCUGAGCCAUUUUUUCACUAUUUUUGAAAAUAUUGAGAGUAAUAGUCGAUACGUAGUAUUCAGUGGAAGGAGGAAGCGCGACUGAGCCGAAAUUGGAAAGCGUCGGCCGAGGAAAGCUCGCCUCUGCAAUGUUGAAGAGGUCAUGUAGAAGAAAACUCAGUUUCUCCAACUUAUUUUCUUGACCUCCCGUAAGAGUUGGCAUGGUGGUGGUGGAGGUGGAGGAGAAUGUGUCUAGACUCCAUCCUCACCACUGUCUCGUUUUUAUUUUCAACUGACCUGAAGCCAGCCACUCAAAAUUUCCAAAAAGUUGGACAAUUUUCCAUGACCAAAAUGCAUGAAAGCUAAGCGUUUUCGAACAAAGUGCAUUCGUACUAUGAGAGAUUUAAUGCGGCAGCUUGGAAAUGUAUGAGUCAAGUCACAGCACACAGAAAAGUUGUUCGUUGUGACAAGUACGUAAAAUGCGAGAAAAGUUGGUUAAAAAUUGAAUUUAUUGAUAAACGAUAAGUAAAACGAAAUGGAGUUGGUAAAUCAGCCUGUAGUGAUUGAUAAUGGUUCCGGUAUUAUCAAGGCCGGAUUUGCUGGAGAUUCCGUUCCUAAAUGUCGGUUUCCUAAUUAUGUGGGCCGUCCAAAGCACGUUCGAGUGAUGGCCGGAGCUUUGGAGGGUGACCUUUUCAUCGGUCCCAAGGCGGAAGAGCACAGGGGCCUGUUGGCCAUCAAGUACCCGAUGGAACACGGCAUCGUCACGGAUUGGAACGAUAUGGAGAGAAUUUGGCAAUAUGUGUACAGCAAAGAUCAGCUGCAAACAUUUGCUGAAGAGCACCCCGUUCUCCUCACGGAAGCGCCCCUCAAUCCGCGCAGGAACAGGGAGAAGUCGGCCGAGAUCUUUUUUGAAACGCUGAACGCUCCUGCCUUAUUUUUGUCGAUGCAGGCAGUUCUAAGCUUAUAUGCAACUGGGAGGACGACGGGCGUGGUGCUGGACGCCGGAGAUGGUGUGACCCAUGCAGUGCCUAUUUACGAAGGUUUCGCCCUGCCACACAGCAUCAUGAGGGUGGAUUUAGCUGGGCGAGAUGUGACGAGAUAUCUGAGGUUUCUUCUACGCAAGGAAGGAAUCAAUUUUAGGACAUCGUCAGAGUUUGAAAUAGUACGGACGAUUAAGGAGCGAGAGUGUUACCUAUCUGCGAAUCCAUCCAAGGACUCUGACCCGGAUGCGGAUAAGCGAAUUUACAAGCUACCAGACGGUAGUCAGCUUGAUAUUGUCCCGGGUAUCGAAACGGCGGUGGCGACACGGCGGUGCUACUACAUAAACGCCAGAAAUCGUUCACGUUUAACAAACUACUUUCCACCUGCGGGAUAAGCACAAUUGUAGCAUUUGUAGCGUAUUAAGGUUAUCUUGGAUAUUUAGAGACGAGAAUUUCAACUCCUCUGCAAGUAGAUAAGGUAGUCGUCCGUGCAGGGCUUGAUAUUCCCGAACGGUUUUGGGGGUCUUAUCGACCCGGCGUCUACUUUGGGAUGAAGCAUCGAAGUCCAAAGUCCUUGCUCACUGGGUUCAUGUGGCUCCUCCCUUCUCUAGUCAG